GAAAAAAGAACAGCAGUGAACUGACAAUCGGUAAUUUUUUCUUUUCGAUGAGGUAUAAAAAAAUCUGUGUGUGUUUGAGAAAAAAUUAAUAAAUAUAGAAUUAAAAUUUAAUAAUUACAUAAAAAUAACGAAAUAUAUAUGUAAAAAGAAAACGUGUGAAACACAAGUGCUUAAAAAUGUAUAAAUGAAUGAAAAAUCCCAUAGAAUCAAACUGAAUAAAGAAUUUUUUCCCAGCUUUCAAAGAAAAAAAAACACGAAAUAUAUAAUAGGGCAAAACACCAACGAUAUACAGCUUUAAUAAACAAAAAAAAAAACAACAAGUAUAAGAAAUUAAUAAAUAUUAGACGGAGAAAAAUAAAGAAGAAAAAUAAAAGCGAAAAAUAAUUCAUUUAUUAAACAAACAUCAUUUCGAAAUCAUUUCAGAUACGGAAAUGUAUAUUAAAAUAAUAAAAAUUAAACAAAAAAUAUAAUCAUCACUCAACAAUAUGGUGGGUACAAGCUGGUACUUGAUUACGAAUAUGUGAAUAGAACUCCUCUGGAAUAAACAUUGUGACAACAUUAUUGAAUAUGUGCAUGGAUUGGAAAGGGCCGACGACAUCAUAUUGAACAUAAACAGAAUUGGUCAUGAUGCGUUAUUCGGAAAUAUCGAGAGAAUUAUCAAAUGAUAAUUUACGUUAUGUUGAGAUUGGCAGUGGCGGCAGUAGUCAGCAGGAUGAUUGUCCCUUACAUUUAACACGGGAAGCUUCACCCAUGAGUGACAUUUCAACGGGUAGUGGUCCUUUGGUAAAUCAAUCGCCCGCAUCCACAUGCAGACGGCACCAUCAUCAACGCAUGCGUUCUAAACAACGUUACGACGAUGAUCAUUACGAUAAUAUAUCGUUGGGUAAUAAAAAUAAUUUCAGUGGCUUUUAUGCGGGUCUACGCAAUUCGAAACGUUUCUCUAGCAGCGGCAGCAAUGGCAGUGUUAAUGGCACCGCUAAUGGGGCCGCAACUAUAGCCUAUGUACGUCAGCGCAAAGACAGCACACAGUCCACACAAAGCUGUCAAUUUGAAGGGGAUUCACCACUCAAACAAAACAUUAGCAAAUCGUUAAACAUAAAAGGAUCGAGGCGUAAGAAUUCCAUUGGUUGCCUAAAUGCGUUCUCCUCUUCGCCUGAUUCGCCCGGCAACUACUAUGGUGUGGGAUCCGGUCCUCCUUCCUUAAAAUCCAAUAGCUUGCCCGGUCAUGCUUCUAUCAAGACUUCCUUAGACUCUACUAUUUUAAGUGCUUUACGUAUACCCGCCGAUGAAUUAGCCAAUCAAUUGACUUUAUUGGAUUUUCCUAUCUUUGCUGCCAUACAACCAGACGAGUUGACCAGCUGUGCUUGGACCAAAAAAGAUAAACACGUUAUUACACCGAAUAUUGUUGCAUUUACAAAGCGUUUCAAUCACACCAGCUUUUGGAUUGUUCAAGAGAUACUCAGUGGUGAACAGCCGAAACAAAGGGCCGAGAUAUUGGCGCAUUUCAUAAAGGUUGCCAAAAAACUACACGAACUUAAUAAUCUACACUCUCUAUUUGCCAUUAUUUCGGCUAUGCAAAGUGCCAGCAUUUAUCGUCUGAAAAAAACCUGGGCUUGUCUAGCCAAAAAGGAUAAACAAAGCUAUGAACGUCUGAGUGACAUAUUCAGCGAUCAAAAUAAUUGGGAGAAUUUGCGAGCCUAUUUGGAAAGUUUGCGUUUACCCUGUAUACCCUAUUUGGGUUUAUUUCUCACCGAUCUGAUAUACAUCGAUUUGGCGUAUCCGCAAAAAGAUGGCAUUGAACCCGAAUCUCGGCGUAUACGUAUGAAUAAUAUUUUAAGAGUUAUUGCCAAUUACCAGGAAUCAAAUUACAAGCAUAUACAACCCGUAGAUGCAACACAGAAGUAUUUAACCUCCAUAAGGUAUAUAGAAGAAUUGCAAAAUAUAUUUGAGGAGGAACAAUACAAGAAAUCCUUAAAAUUGGAACCCAUUUCGCCUUUGGUUCCCAGCUCUUCUUCUUGCAGUUCUAAGGAAUCAUUUAAUGUGGAUGCUGUUACGCCCGCUUUGGCCUGUUUAAAUCUAUCGCCCGCAAAAAAUUCAGCUUCGGUACGUGUGCCCAACUCCUCGGCUGUUAAAUUUAUACCCGGUCAUCGUAAAUGUCGCAGUCUGGGCACCAAGUUUCGUAGCACCAGUUUGCCGCGAAAUUUUUCACAAAAGUGUCAUUGCUCACUUAUAAUGCUAACAAAAUCUGGCAUUGUUGUCAAUGCUACUGCAACACAUAAACGUUGUCCAUGUCAUUGUCGCAUUUUCGGAAAGUCCAACAAUAGCAACGAUGCGAUAGCUGGCCAAAAUGGGGCAUGUUACGAUGCCCACUAUCACGAUCACAGCGCAUUAAGUCAGCAACUGCAACAGCGACAUCUACUUGAUGACUCCGUACUGGAACAGCCACAAUGUGGUGGUGUUGGUGGUGGUGGCACACCCAACGGUAGCAUACACAUUAAUUUAAGCGAUAAUACAGACGUUAUAGCAUGUCACUUGCACGAAGUCAGCGCUCUUAAUAUACCCACAGAUGAGACAAACUCCUUGCAGGGUUGCGUCAGACGUAAAACCGUACAGAAAGAGGGUCGUAAACCAGCGGUGGCCUCCUGGCAACGCUACUGGCUGCAGAUAUGGGCCAAUUCUUUAGUGUACUUUCCACCCAAAUCAUUUAAGGGCAGCGAACGUAAUGACUUUAAGCGUGAGCCCUGCAAGGUGUGUCCCCUGGAGGGUUGGUUUGCUCAAGUCAUUGACAAUCCAAAACAUAAAAAUACAUUUGAAUUGUAUCACCGUACGUUGGGUACAAUAUAUAAAUUUCGUACCGACAGUCCUCAGACCACACAACUGUGGUGUAGUACUAUUUGCAAGUUGGCCCUACAGCAACAUCGUACACCGCAAACCUUGCCCAUUAAUUUAAUGUCCUUUGAAUAGGAUGCUUAGUUAAUCUAAAGCUAAUUUUGAUAUUCAACUACUAAAUAGGAAAUUAUAGCCGGCCAAGGUAUAUUUGUUGUUUUUUAUUGUAAUAAUUAUCCCAUAAAAUAGGCUUUAGUAGGCUAUAAUAAUAGUUAAUAAUUUCUGUGUCUUAAUUCUGUUUGUUUUUAUACAACUUUUUCAUAGCUUAUGCCAAAAAAACAAGAACAAAAAACUAACCUUUUCUAAAAGUUUCACUUGAUAUCUCAUUCAACAAAAAAAAAAGUUAAAGUAACAUAAAAAUACUCUUAAUCGUUAAAACUACAAUUAAUUUACUUUACUCAAACAACCAACAACAACUAUUUAAUUUCUAAGACUGACAAUAAUUAAACGAAUUCUUUAAUAUUAAAUUAAGUUUAAUAAAAAAACCUAAACUUAAUAAAAAUAGUAACAAUAAUAAUCAUGUUGAUGAUGAUGAAUGUUGUGUAAUCUGUUUUAGUUACUCUACAACUCAGUGUGUUUUUCCUUGAUAUGUAAAUACCUGUAGUUAAAGUAAAGUCUUUAAGGCUUUUUUACACUACAUAAAAGUAAAUCAACGAAUUUUGUUUUGUAACUACCUACAUACAUACAUACAUAUAUUUAUUAAAUAAAAAUAUAUAAAAAUUAGUAUUUAAAGGCAAAACAACAUUUCAAUUUAGGGCAUUUCAUUACAAAAAGCAACAGCAUCAUGAUUAUUACAAACAUUUCAUUUAGUUUUCUAUAUUUGUUUUUUUUUUAUAUUGCACCCAAUUAUUUCUUAAUUAUUUAUACAUUAAAAUCAAAUCUACUUGUUAAUUAAGGUUUAUUAUUAUUAUAUACAUGUAGAAAUGCUAAAACAUUUAAAUAUUUUUUUUUUACAUCUCUUUAGUGUUUAAGAUAAAUUAUUUGUUACGAGAAAUCACUCACUUUACUCACUCUAUUUCUCAAUCACUCUCACACUACUCGAUAGUUUUCUUCACUCACGUUAAAUAAUUUGUACAACAAUAAUAAAAUUAACAAUAAAAGAUCAAAAUUUGUAUUGUUUAGUAUUAAGUUUACACACAUAGAAAAUAUUAGAGAAAAAACAAAAAGAUAUUAAUAAAAACUCAAAAAAUAUAUAUAUUUAAAAAGAAAACGAAAA